AUGUCCUCUAAAGCCGAAUCCCCCGCUCCCGCUGCUCCUCAGCAGCUCAGCGGCCUUGCUCUCUACUCCAGAUUCGCCUUCGCUGGUGCUGUCUGCUGCUCCGUCACCCACGGAGCUCUUACUCCUGUCGAUGUCGUCAAGACCAGAAUCCAGCUUGACCCCGUCACCUACAACCGUGGUAUGAUCGGUGGUUUCCGUCAGGUUAUUGCCAACGAGGGUGCUGGCGCUCUCCUCACUGGUUUCGGUCCUACCGCCGCCGGUUACUUCCUUCAGGGUGCUUUCAAGUUCGGUGGUUAUGAGUUCUUCAAGCAGCAGUGGAUUAACCAGCUCGGUUACGAGACUGCCUCCAACAACCGCACCGCUGUCUACCUUGCCUCUUCCGCCACCGCCGAGUUCUUUGCCGAUAUCGCUCUUUGCCCUCUUGAAGCCACCCGUAUCCGUCUCGUCUCUCAGCCUACUUUCGCUACCGGUCUCCUGAGCGGUUUCGGUAAGAUCCUCAAGAACGAGGGUGUCGGCGCUUUCUACUCUGGAUUCGGACCCAUUCUCUUCAAGCAGGUUCCCUACACCAUGGCCAAGUUCGUCGUUUUCGAGAAGGCUUCCGAGUCUAUCUACCGCAGCUUUGACAAGGAGACCCUCACCGAUGGUGCUAAGACUGCCAUCAACCUUGGCUCUGGUCUCAUUGCUGGUUUCGCUGCCGCUCUCGUCUCCCAGCCCGCUGAUACUAUGCUGAGCAAGAUCAACAAGACCCCCGGUGAGCCUGGUGAGGGUACUGUCUCUCGUCUCAUCAAGAUCGGUAAGGAGCUUGGUCUCCGUGGCUCCUACGCCGGUAUUGGUGCCCGUCUGUUCAUGGUUGGUACCUUGACUGCUGGUCAGUUCGCCAUCUACGGUGACAUCAAGCGUCUCUUGGGUGCCACUGGCGGUGUUGAGAUCGGCAAAUAG